AUGUUGGCCCCGGGCUGCUUACUAGAAAGCAGCACCCGGCUGAAACCUCACGAAGCCCAGAACUACAGAAAGAAGGCCUUGUGGGUGUCCUGGUUCUCCAUUAUUGUCACCCUUGCCCUUGCGGUGGCUGCCUUCACCGUCUCCGUUAUGAGGUACAGCGCCUCUGCUUUUGGGUUUGCAUUUGAUGCCAUCCUGGACGUCCUGUCGUCUGCAAUUGUCCUGUGGCGUUACAGCAAUGCAGCCGCGGUGCACUCCGCCCACCGGGAGUACAUAGCCUGUGUCAUCCUGGGGGUGAUCUUCCUUCUGUCGUCCAUCUGUAUAGUGGUCAAAGCUAUCCACGACCUUUCCACAAGGCUGCUCCCAGAAGUGGACGACUUCCUGUUCAGCGUCUCCAUUCUAAGUGGGAUCCUUUGCAGUAUCCUGGCUGUGUUGAAGUUCAUGCUGGGGAAGGUGCUGACCAGCCGGGCACUCAUCACGGACGGGUUUAAUUCCCUCGUGGGCGGCGUGAUGGGCUUCUCUAUCCUCCUGAGUGCGGAAGUCUUUAAGCACGACGCGUCAGUGUGGUACCUGGACGGCAGCAUCGGCGUGCUCAUCGGCCUCACCAUAUUUGCCUAUGGGGUCAAACUCCUCAUCGACAUGGUGCCAAGGGUGAGGCAGACUCGCCACUACGAGAUGUUCGAGUGACCAGUGGAGGCCCGGGCCAUCAGCACGAAGAGCCAACAAGGUUUCCACGUAGGCGGACGGUGCCAACACGUAACUGAGUCUCAUUUCUGUUCUGGAAGUUUCCUUUCCGUUUGUCCUGCCGGGAGGAGGUCUGUUCAUCAGGUCCUCUGCACUACUCCGCC